CAACAUUUUUACUUUUUUUCCAGUUGCAAAAUAAUUUCUUUUAAGCCCUCUCUGAAUAAGUCUGUUGAAGCUCUAUUCAUCACACUUAAAAAUCUUACAUUAAAAGGCAGUAAAGGAAAUCACGAAAAGCUAGAUGUAUUCCACCCUCUUAUAGUUGAAUACAUAAAAUUGUAUAUAUCACAAAUAGUAAUUGAAACUUUAAAAUCAUUUUUAACUACUCUUAUGAAGACAAUCUGUCCUUCUGGAGGGGCAUUAGUUUAAAUGCAAAGAGAGAACAUAUAUCAUUUGUGGGUCUAAAUAGUGUUGGUUCUUUGCAAGGGCCGUAAUUAAUAAGGUUGUAGAACACAACUGCAACCUGUAAAGCGUUCCAUGUGUAGUAUUUUGAAACCUUUUGUUUGUUUGGGUUCUAACUAGAGACAGAGGGAGAAAAAGCAAAUUUUAUUCUCAUGGGAUUUGUUUUAUGUGGUUCAUCAGAUUGAGCUUAGUAAGCAGGGAAGCACUUCUUGUGUAGCUAGUGCUUGUUUAUUCUUCCCUCAUUAAAAAGAGAGAGAGAAAAAAACAAAAGAUUGGCAAUUUUCUUUUAUGAACGUGGACUGUAGGGAGAUAAAUAGCCCUGCGGGAGAGGAAGGUCAAGUUCAAAGUUUUUCUUUCCUUUGGAUUCAGGAAUAAGCAAAUGGAAAGACAAGCCAAACAACCCAGCAGCAGGCAUCUGAUGGUUAAGCCCUCCCCCCAGGACUUUUUAUGUACAUAAGCAGCAGAAGUCACUCGAGCAGCUGCGGCGCAUUAGUUCCCAUAGUUUAACAGGCUGCUUUGUAGCACGGACAAAGCUGUGCGAGCGCGGUGCUUUCCCUCCAUGUUCAUUUGCUAUGCGAGCUUGUCAGUGAUCUUUGGCAGGGGCUUGGGAGAGGAGGGGUGACGUUUAAUACGCUUCCGCGGAGGAGUGCGCUCGCCUCCUCUGCACCCAGCCCCAGCUCUACAGAGAGACUGAGGCAGGCGACUGAAUGCACUAACAGCAGCAGGCUCCGACCUGCUUCCCUGGACAUUUCCCGGACCGUGAGCGAGGGAACCACGUUGCCCUGGAUUCUUGCCAAGUGUACAAAGUUGACCAGGAAAAUGGCUCAGCAGACAAGCCCGGACACCUUAACAGUACCUGAAGUGGAUAAUCCGCAUUGUCCAAACCCGUGGCUGAACGAGGACCUUGUGAAAUCCUUGCGAGAAAACCUGUUGCAGCAUGAGAAGUCCAAGACAGCGAGGAAAUCGGUUUCUCCCAAGCUCUCUCCAGUGAUCUCUCCGAGAAAUUCCCCCAGGCUCCUGCGCAGAAUGCUUCUCAGCAGCAACAUCCCCAAACAGCGGCGUUUCACGGUGGCACAUACAUGUUUUGAUGUGGACAAUGGCACAUCUGCGGGACGGAGUCCCUUGGAUCCCAUGACCAGCCCAGGAUCUGGGCUAAUUCUCCAAGCAAAUUUUGUCCACAGUCAACGCCGGGAGUCCUUCCUGUAUCGAUCUGACAGCGAUUAUGACCUCUCUCCAAAGUCUAUGUCCCGGAACUCCUCCAUUGCCAGUGAUAUACACGGAGAUGACUUGAUUGUGACUCCAUUUGCUCAGGUCUUGGCCAGUCUGCGAACUGUACGAAACAACUUUGCUGCAUUAACUAAUUUGCAAGAUCGAGCACCUAGCAAAAGAUCACCCAUGUGCAACCAACCAUCCAUCAACAAAGCCACCAUAACAGAGGAGGCCUACCAGAAACUGGCCAGCGAGACCCUGGAGGAGCUGGACUGGUGUCUGGACCAGUUAGAGACCCUACAGACCAGGCACUCCGUCAGUGAGAUGGCCUCCAACAAGUUUAAAAGGAUGCUUAAUCGGGAGCUCACCCAUCUCUCUGAAAUGAGUCGGUCUGGAAAUCAAGUGUCAGAGUUUAUAUCAAACACAUUCUUAGAUAAGCAACAUGAAGUGGAAAUUCCUUCUCCAACUCAGAAGGAAAAGGAGAAAAAGAAAAGACCAAUGUCUCAGAUCAGUGGAGUCAAGAAAUUGAUGCACAGCUCUAGUCUGACUAAUUCAAGUAUUCCAAGAUUUGGAGUUAAAACUGAACAAGAAGAUGUCCUUGCCAAGGAACUAGAAGAUGUGAACAAAUGGGGUCUUCAUGUUUUCAGAAUAGCAGAGUUGUCUGGUAACCGGCCCUUGACUGUUAUCAUGCACACCAUUUUUCAGGAACGGGAUUUAUUAAAAACAUUUAAAAUUCCAGUAGAUACUUUAAUUACAUAUCUUAUGACUCUUGAAGACCAUUACCAUGCUGAUGUGGCCUAUCACAACAAUAUCCAUGCUGCAGAUGUUGUCCAGUCUACUCAUGUGCUAUUAUCUACACCUGCUUUGGAGGCCGUGUUUACAGAUUUGGAGAUUCUUGCAGCAAUUUUUGCCAGUGCAAUACAUGAUGUAGAUCAUCCUGGUGUGUCCAAUCAAUUUCUGAUCAAUACAAAUUCUGAACUUGCCUUGAUGUACAACGAUUCCUCGGUCUUAGAGAACCAUCAUUUGGCUGUGGGCUUUAAAUUGCUUCAGGAAGAAAACUGUGACAUUUUCCAGAAUUUGACCAAAAAACAAAGACAAUCUUUAAGGAAAAUGGUCAUUGACAUUGUACUUGCAACAGAUAUGUCAAAACACAUGAAUCUACUAGCUGAUUUGAAGACUAUGGUUGAAACUAAGAAAGUGACAAGCUCUGGAGUUCUUCUUCUUGAUAAUUAUUCCGAUAGGAUUCAGGUUCUUCAGAAUAUGGUGCAUUGUGCAGAUCUGAGCAACCCAACAAAGCCUCUCCAACUGUACCGCCAGUGGACGGACCGGAUAAUGGAGGAGUUCUUCCGCCAAGGAGACCGAGAGAGGGAACGUGGCAUGGAGAUAAGCCCCAUGUGUGACAAGCACAAUGCUUCCGUGGAAAAAUCACAGGUGGGCUUCAUAGACUAUAUUGUUCAUCCCCUCUGGGAGACAUGGGCAGACCUCGUCCACCCUGACGCCCAGGACAUUUUGGACACUUUGGAGGACAAUCGUGAAUGGUACCAGAGCACAAUCCCUCAGAGCCCCUCUCCUGCACCUGAUGACCCAGAAGAGGGCCGGCAGGGUCAAACUGAGAAAUUCCAGUUUGAACUAACUUUAGAGGAAGAUGGUGAGUCAGACACAGAAAAGGACAGUGGCAGUCAAGUGGAGGAAGACACUAGUUGCAGUGACUCCAAGACUCUUUGUACUCAAGACUCGGAGUCUACUGAAAUUCCCCUCGAUGAACAGGUUGAAGAGGAGGCAGUAGGGGAAGAAGAGGAAAGCCAGCCUGAAGCCUGUGUCAUAGAUGAUCGUUCUCCUGACACGUAACAGUGCAAAAACUUUCAUGCCUUUUUUUUUUUUAGCAGAAAAAUUGUUUCCAAAGUGCAUGUCACAUGCCACAACCACGGUCACACCUCACUGUCAUCUGCCAGGACGUUUAUUGAACAAAACUGACCUUGACUACUCAGUCCGGCGCUCAGGAAUAUCGUAACCAGUUUUUUCACCUCCAUGUCAUCAGAGCAAGGUGGACAUCUUCAUGAACAGCGUUUUUAACAAGAUUUCAGCUUGGUAGAGCUGACAAGGCAGAUAAAAUCUACUCCAAAUUGUUUUCAAGAGAGUGCGGCUCAUCAGGCAGCCCAAAAGUUGAUUGGACUUGGGGUUUCUAUUCUUUUUAUUUGUUUCCAAUAUUUUCAGAAGAAAGGCAUUGCACAGAGUGAACUUAAUGGACGAAGCAACAAAUAUGUCAAGAACAGGACAUAGCAUGCAUCUGUUACCAGUAGGAGGAGGAUGAGCCACAGAAAUUGCAUAAUUUUCUAAUUUCAAGUCUUCCUGAUACAUGACUGAAUAGUGUGGUUCAGUGAGCUGCACUGACCUCUACAUUUUGUAUGAUAUGUAAAACAGAUUUUUUGUAGAGCUUACUUUUAUUAUUAAAUGUAUUGAGGUAUUAUAUUUAAAAAACUAUGUUCAGAACUUCAUCUGCCACUGGUUAUUUUUUUCUAAAGAGUAACUUGCAAGUUUUCAGUACAAAUCUGUGCUACACUGGAUAAAAAUCUAAUUUACAAAUUUUACUUGCACCUUAUAGUUCAUAGCAAUUAACUGAUUUGUAGUGAUUCAUUGUUUUAUAUACCAAUGACUUCCAUAUUUUAAAACAACAGAAAAACAACUUUAUGUUGCAGGAAACCCUUUUUGUAAGUAAGUCUUUAUUAUUUACUUUGCAUUUUGUUUCACUCUUUCCAGAUAAGAGCUCUUCACCAGUGUUUUUCUUCAGUGUGCAAAGUGACUAAUUGUUCUAUAAUACUUUAAUGUGUGUUAUAUCAAAUAUGUCUUAAGCUUCAUGCGAAUUCAGUCAUCAGCUGGUGUUGUCUGAAGCAAGUGGGAGAUAUAUAAAUACCCAGUAGCUAAACCGGUCAGUGUUUUUGAGAUAUUUUCCUACUUAGUAUCUCCUAAUAACGUUUUGCUGUGUCAAUAGACAUGCAUUUCACAAGUGCAUAUCUUUCUAAUAAUCUGCACAUUUCAUGCUCAUUUUUAUUGUUUUUACAGCCAGUUAUAGUAAGAAAAAGGUUUUUCCCCUCGUGCUGCUUUAUAAUUUAGUGUGUGUUUGAACCUCUGUCCAUGUUUGCUAGAUGAGGUCUUGUCAAAUAUAUCACUACCAUUGUCACCAGUGAAAAGAAACAGGUAGUCAAGUUAGGGUUAACAUUCAUUUCAACCAUGAGGUUGUAUAUCAUGACUAGAUUUUACUCUUGGUUUACAGAGAAAAGUUAAACAGCUAACUAGGCAGUUUUUAAGAAUAUUAACAACAUAUUAACAAACACCAGUACAAUAACUAAUCCUCUUUGGUUUUAAUGAUUUCACUAUGGGAUUAAGAACUAUAUCAGGAACAUACCUGAGAAAUGGUUUUAAGUAUAGCAACUACUCUUCCUUAAUGGACAGCCACAUAACUUGCAGGAAUUGCUUUAUCACUUAUCCUCGAUCUAUAAGCAUAUCUUGCAGAGGGGAACUACUUCUUGAAACACAUGGAGGGAAAGAAGAUGAUGCCACUGGCAUCAGAGGGUUAGUACUGUGAUGCAUCCUAAAAUAUUAGAUUGAUAAAAAUUCUGCUUAAAUAAAAAAUUAGAGAUCACUCUUGGCUGAUUUCAGCACCAGGAACUGUAUUACAGUUUUAGAGAUUAAUUCCCAGUGUUUACCUGAUUAUAGCAGUUGGCAUCAUGGGGCAUUUAAUUCUGACUUUAUUCCUAUGUCAGUCUUUGUAAUAAAGUCUUUACCUUCUCUAUGAAGACUUUAAAGCCCAAAUAAUCAUUUUUCACGUUGAUAUUCAAGAAUUGAGAUAGAGGCCAAAGUGGGUAUCUGACAAGUGGAAAAUCAAACAUUUAAGAAGAAUUACAACCCUGAAAAGCAUUUCUAUUUGGAACUUCUCAAGGAGCCUUCCAGGGACUGGAAACUAAGUCAUCAGCCAGGGAAAUGACUCAAGCUGAAGACAGUCCCCUGAGAUCUGGCUGAUGCUUAGAUCCUUUGAAAUAAAAAUUAUGUCUUUAUAACUCUGAUCUCUUACAUAAGGCAGAAUAGGAAUCAACUAGUUAAUUGCAAGGUUUCUACUGUCUUUCCUCUGUAAAGAUCAGAUGGUGAUCUUUCAAAUAAAGACAUAUAUUUGACCAAGUAGUUUCACAAGAACAUUUGGGAACUUGUUUCCUUUUAAGUUUAUUUGUCCCUGAGUGAGGUCUAGAAAGAAAGGCAAAGAGUCUAGAAUUUAUUCUUCUUUCCAAAACAUUCUCAUUCCUGUCCUCCCUACACUUAGUAUUUCCCCCACAGAGUGCCUAGAAUUUUAAUAAUGAAUAACAUAAAAAGCAGCAAUAUGUCACUUAACAAAUCCAGACCUGAAAGGGUAAAGGGUUUAUAACUGCACUAAUAAAGAGAGGCUUUUUUUUUUUCAGUUUGUUGGUUUUUAAUGGUACCACGUUGUAAAGAUACCCACUAACAGACAAUCAAAUUGCAGAAAAGGCUCAAUAUCCAAGAGACAGGGACUAAUGCACUGUACAAUCUGCUUACCCUUGCCCUUCUCUCUCGCCAAAGUGUGCUUCAGAAAUACACACUGCUUUAAAAAAGAAUAUCCUUUUACAAGUGGCUUUACAUUUCCUAAAAUGCCAUAAGAAAAUGCAAUAUCUGGGUACUGUAUGGGGAAAAAUAUGUCCAAGUUUGUGUAAAACCAGUGCAUUUCAGCUUGCAAGUUACUGAACACAAUAAUGCUGUUUCAAUUUUGUCUUCUUUUGUAUCAGUUAAAAUUCACAAUAAUGUAGAUAGAACAAAUUAUAGACAAGGAAAGAAAAAACUUGAAUGAAAUGGAUUUUACAGAAAGCUUUAUGAUAAUUUUUGAAUGCAUUAUUUAUUUUUUGUGCCAUGCAUUUUUUUUCUCACCAAAUGACCUUACCUGUAAUACAGUCUUGUUUGUCUGUUUACAACCAUGUAUUUAUUGCAAUGUACAUACUGUAAUGUUAAUUGUAAAUUAUCAGUUCUUAUUAAAACAUCAUCCCAUGAUGGGAUGGUGUUGAUAUAUUUGGAAACUCUUGGUGAGAGAAUGAAUGGUGUGUAUACAUACUCUGUACAUUUUUCUUUUCUCCUGUAAUAUAGUCUUGUCACCUUAGAGCUUGUUUAUGGAAGAUUCAAGAAAACUAUAAAAUACUUAAAGAUAUAUAAAUUUUAAAAACCAUAGCUGCAGGUCUUUGGUCCCAGGGCUGUGCCUUAACUUUAAUCAAUAUUUUCUUCUGUUUUGCUGCAUUUGAAAGGUAACGGUGGAGCUAGGGCUGGGCAUUUUACAUCCAGGUUUUUAAUUGAUUAGAAUUCUGCCAAUAGGUAGAUUUUACAAAACCACAGACAACCUCUGAAAGAUUCUGAGACCCUUUUGAGACAUAAGCUCUUAAGUACUUCUUGCCAGGGAGUAGCACUGCAUGUGUGAUGAUUGUUUGCCAUCUGUUGAUCAGCAGCUACUUCAGCUACUUGCAUUUGAUUAUUCCCUUUUUUUUUUUUUAAACUCGGAAACACAACUGGGGAAAUACAUUCUUUCCCAGUGAUUGAUUAUAAGCAAUCUUUUUUUUUAAAGUCUUUUUAGCUUCUAGAGCUCAUAGGAAAAUGAACUUGGUUUGAAAUUGGAGCCAGAGUUUACUCGUGUUGGUUAUCUAUUCAUCAGCUUCCUGUCAUGUUAAGAGAAUAUAUUAAAGAGAAAAUACCAUUUUUUAAUCCUAAAAUUUUUCUUCCACUACGAUAAACCAAAUGUCCUUACAUACAUGUAAACCCAUCUAUUUAAACACAAAGUUGUGUCUGAUGUCAGUUUACAUAGCAGAAAGCAUUCACCAUCCUCUAAGAUUUGUGUCUGCAAAACUUUCAUUGCUUUAGAAUUUUAAAAUUUAACCUUGUACAAUGGCCAGCCCCUAAAGCAGGAAACAUUUAUAAUGGAUAAUAUGGAAAUGUCCUCCCACUACUUGCCCAGCCCUUGAAUCACGUGGCUUUUCAGUGAAAGGAAAGAUUCUUUUUCUGGGAAAAAUGAGCCUCCUAUUUUAUUUUAUUUUAUUUUUUGACACAAACUGUAGAUUUUAGCAGCCCUGGCCCAAAGAAAUUUGAUUACUUUUGUUUUAAACAGUACAAAGGGGACACUAUAAUUACAAAAACAUCCUUAACUGAUUUGAGUUGUUUUUAUUUCUUUGGAUAUGUUUUCAGAGUGGUAAAUUGUGUGUGAGAAUUACAAAUGAUUCUUUUAGUGGUUUCUUAGCCUCUCUUACAGCCCACGGGGAUAGUACUGUACAUCAAUACCUUCAUAUGAAAUUUUUAUAUGCAAUGAAAAUAAAAGCAUGGGUUGAUUCUGCCUAUUUAUGACUCAAUAUUUUACAAAUAAAAGAUUAUUCAUUUUAUAGUUCAAUCAGCACGUUUCUUAGGAUACUGAACGUGGUUGAAAGGAGAAUAGUGACAUCAUAAGUUAGUACUGAUAUUCAUAACCAAAUGAAGCCAACUCGAGUUAUUUUGCUACAUUAAAAUUACCAAAAUUACUUAGAUGGCCUAUAAAAUUAAGCACGGUAUUUUCUAAGCAAGCUUUGGAAGGGGCCUUCUAUACUUAAUUGAAUUUUCUGGGAUACUGAAAAUUAUUCAGACACUUGACAAUUAUUUGUCGGUUACCUACUCUGCAAACUACAAAGUUUUAAGGAUUCAACAAUAAGUUAAUGAGACACCAUAUUUGCUUUCAUGGAGCUUACAGUCUGGAGGGGACAAAGGCAUUAAACAAUUCAAUACUCAUAUAAUUAUAUACAUGAUCAGUACAAUGAAGGAGCUCAGUGGGGUGAAUAAGCAGAAACCUGAACUUGAUCUAUUCCGGAGGGCCAGGGAAGGCUUCCUUGAGGCCUUGAGAAAGUGAUUUGCAUCUGAGUUCUGAAGGAUUUUAAGAGGUAACUAGGGGAAAAGUUGAUAGAAAGAGGAAGGGGAUCCAGACAGGAAACAUUUGCAAAGAUCUUGAGGCAUAAAUGAGCUUGAGACAUCUGGAGAAACUGAGGAAAAGUGAGAGAGUAGGUAGGGCCUGGAGCCGCAGAGCCAUUGCUAACCAUCCUGUGUGAGAGCUCCCCCAUUCUGUAGCUUUAUUCUCAUAACCCUGCUCCAUUUUCUUUAUAACACUUCUCACAGAUUUAUAUACGCAGCUGUUUUUGUUGUCUGUCUCUCCCACCAGACCACAGCUCCGUGAGAGCAAGCUCUUUGCUUACCAAUGUAUCACUAGCACUUAAAACUAUGCCUGGUUCACAGUAGGUUCUUAAUAUGUGUUGAAUAUAGCCACCAAAUUGAUACUGGAUAUAAUUCAAUCUGAUAAGAUAUUUUGAGAUAUUAAAGAGUUUUUAACUUGAUACCAUAA